AAAAAAGAUCCACAACAGCCAGCGAGCCCCGUUCGCUGUUAGUGCGCCGACUGCUGCUGUUGUUACUGCUGCUGUUGUUGGGAUGGGGCUGUAGUAUAAACAACAGUGUUGUGUGUGGUGGUGGUGGUGGAUCUACUGCUGUUGGAGCUUACAGGGAGGAGGGGCAGCGUGCUUGGGGGGUGGGGGGGGUUGAAUCCUUGUCGUUUCAUUCGUCUUAAGAAGCUUUCAAGAGCCUCGUUUGUUCAUCAUCAUCACACGUUGGAUAUACCCAGCGCUGCAUGAGAGCGCGAGACCGCCUGCCUCAUGCGGGAGAACGAGGAGCUGCGGGAGAAGGCGUCCCUCCGCUACGAGGAGCGCAUCACCGAGCUGCACAGCGUCAUCGCCGAGCUCAACAAGAAGAUCGACCGGCUGCAGGGAUCAACCAUUCGCGAGGAGGAUGAGUAUCUGGAGCAGGAGUCGGAGCUCAGCGCGAGCCAGGGGGACGGCCUGGACGACUCGCAGAGCCUGGAGCAGGAGGAGACGCCGUCGCUGCCCGAGAACCAGUCCACGAUGGUGGCGGCCGAUGUCGACGGGAGCAGCGACCUGAACUCGGAGCUGCAGCGCGUGCUCUCGGGCCUCGAGAGCGCCGUGUGCGGCCGCAAGAAGAGCGGCUGCAGCAUCUCCGCCGCCGAGGUGGAGCGGCACAUGGACCAGCUGACGGCCGCCAGCGAGCACUGCGACCUCGCCAUCAAGACGGUGGAGGAGCUGGAGGGCGAGCUGGGACAAGAUGUGUACCCGAGCGUGGCGGAGGAGCGGGCGCGCUGGGAGAAGGAGCUGGCCGGCCUGCGGGAUGAGAGCGCGGGCCUGGCCGCCCGCCUGUGCAGCAGCGAGGACGAGCUGGGCCGCACCCGUGCCUCGGCGGCCGCCGUGCGCGAGGAGCGCGACCGCCUCCGCCGCCGGGUGCGCGAGCUGCAGACUCGCCUGCAGAGCGUCCAGGCGGCGGCGCCCUCCAGCCCUGGCCGCCUUGGCCCCACGAGCCGAGCGGUCAACCCCAGCACGGGCGAGCUGAGCACGAGCAGCAGCAGCAACGACCUGCCCGUCGCCAAGGUGGCGGAGCGAGUGAAGCUGUCCAAAACGCGUCUGGAUUCCGGCUCGCCUGCCGAGAGGCCGGUGCUGGGCUCUGAAAUCAGCAGCAUCGGGGUGUCGAGCAGCGUGGCGGAGCACUUGGCGCACUCGCUGCAGGACUGCUCCAACAUCCAGGAGAUCUUCCAGACGCUCUGCUCGCACGGCUCCUCCGUGUCGGAGAGCAAACUGCGAGAGUUCGAGGUCGAGAUGGAGCGGCUCAACAGCCGCAUCGAGCACCUCAAGUCUCAGAACGACCUGCUGACGAUCACGCUUGAGGAGUGCAAGAACAACGCGGAGAGGAUGAGCAUGCUCGUGGGCAAGCACGAGUCCAACAGCACCGCUCUGCGCCUCGCCCUGCAGUACAGUGAGCAGUGCAUCGAGGCGUACGAGGCCCUCAUGGCGCUGGCUGAGAGCGAGCAAGGCCUCAUCCUGGGACAGUUCCAGGCCGCUGGAGUCGGCUCCGUAGCCGAGCAGCCGAGCGGCGGCUGCGGCGGCGGGGGCAGCGCCGAGGACGUCUCGCGGGCACUCAGGAAGGCCCGCGACGGCCGCAAGGCGGCGGAGGCCGCGGCCAGGGCGCUGCUCGCCAGGCUGGACGGGGUGUGCGGCGCGCCCGGCGCCGUCGGCGGCGCCCAGCCCUGGGAGAGUCUCUCCUCGCACAGCCAGACCAGCACGACGAGCUCGACGGCGAGCAGCUGCGACGCGGACCUGAGCAAGGAGGACGAGCAGCGGCUGCGCGACUACGCGCAGCAGCUGCGAGCCGACUGCGCCGCCGUGACGCUCACCAUGUUGGAGCUGGAGAGCGUGCACCUCGACGCGCUGAGCUGCGACGUGAAGUCGCGCGGCGACGGCUCCCGCCUCGACCUCGAGAACGCCGUGCUCAUGCAGGAGCUCAUGGCCAUGAAGGAGGAGAUGGCGGAGCUGAAGGCGCAGCUCUACCUCGUGGAGAAGGAGCGGAAGGCGCUGGAGCUGAAGCUGAGCACGCGCGAGGCCCAGGAGCAGGCCUACCUCGUGCACAUCGAGCACCUCAAGUCCGAGGUGGAGGAGCAGCGCGAGCAGCGGAGUCGCUCGCUCGGCUCCGGCGGCACCGGCGGCACCGGCGGCACCGGCGCUCGUCUCAAGACGCCCAAGGAGAACGGAGAGACGCUGACCGCGGCGAUCACUCUGGCCGAACUCCGCUCGCCGCUGCACGAUAACGACCUGGCUAACGAGCUCUCCGAUGCCCUCCACAGGGAGAAGAAGCUGAAGGUGCGUGUGCAGGAGCUGGUGGCGGCGCUGGAGAAGCUGACGCGGAGCAGCGAAAUCAGGAACCAGCAGUCGGCCGAGUUCGUCAAUGACCUCAAGCGAGCCAACAGCAACCUGAUAGCGGCGUACGAGAAGACGAAGAAGAAGUACCAGAGCAAGGUGAAGAGGCUGGAGGCGCAGACGGUGUCCAUGGUGGAGCGGCACGAGACGCAGGCGCGGAUGCUCAAGCAGCGCAUCGCCCUCCUGGAGGAGGAGAACACUCGCCCGCCCGCCAACGAGACGUCGCUGUGACCGCGACCGGCGGGGGGCGACCGGAGGG